CCCUACAUCAUUUUGUUUACAAAUUUGCCAUUUUCGAUCUCUCUCUCUCUCUCCCUGUCUCUCAAACUUAAACUAAAACUGAUUAAAGCAUCUUAAACAACAUGGGAAGAGCACCGUGUUGUGAUAAAAAUGGGCAGAAGAAAGGUCCAUGGACCUCUGAAGAAGAUCAGAAGUUGAUUGAAUAUGUUCAAAAACAUGGUUAUGGGAACUGGAGGACACUUCCAAAGAAUGCUGGUCUGCAGAGGUGUGGGAAGAGCUGCCGUCUAAGAUGGACCAACUAUUUGCGACCUGAUAUCAAGAGAGGAAGAUUUUCUUUUGAAGAAGAAGAGACAAUAAUUCAGCUGCAUAGUUUUUUGGGGAACAAGUGGUCUGCCAUUGCUGCUCGCUUGCCUGGAAGAACAGAUAAUGAAAUCAAGAACUACUGGAAUACCCACAUUCGUAAAAGGCUUCUUCGUAUGGGAAUCGAUCCAGUGACUCACAGCCCCCGCCUCGAUCUUCUUGACCUCUCUUCAAUUCUAAGCUCGUCUCUUUACAAUUCAUCUCAGAUGAACAUUUCAAGUUUGUUCGGCGUCCAACCCCUUGUUAAUCCAGAAUUUUUAAGACUAGCAACUUCUCUUAUCUCAUCUCAACGGGAAAGCCAAAACCAAAGUUUCCUGCUUCAAAAUGUUCAAGAAAACCAGCUUUGCAAUCCUCAAAAUCAAUAUCAACAAUUAGUUCAAGCCGACAACCAGCUUCAACUUCCUGUUCAGGCUAUUCCAGCUUGCACCACAAUGAGUACUUCUUGCACGGUUUCUUUUUCUAACGAAGAACAGUUAAUGGCGCCCCAUGUAGAGCAAUACCCAACAAAUUUUACCAACUUCAGCAACCAAAAUUCUCAAUUAAAUGAGUGUCAAAAUAAUGGGAUGCCCUCAAAUUUGUCUGAAGAUUAUAUGCCUUUACCUCCAACUUACAUUAAUUACUACGAGUCUGAUCUAACAGUCAUGGAUCCUUCCUCUGAAACUUCAAAUUUCUAUUCCAAUAACAGGAAUCAGAACUUCAGCUUCACGUCAGUUUUAUCGACGCCUUCAUCAAGCCCAACUCCAUUGAAUUCAAAUUCAACAUACAUCAGUACUGAAGAUGAGAGGGAAAGCUACUGUAGCGAUAUGUUGAAGUUUGAAAUCCCAGAUAUUAUGGAUGUUAAUGGAUUCAUGUAAUUUCAAAAUGAGACUAAUCCAACUUGCUUUUUUUUUUUUCCCUAAUUUCUGGGCUUUGUAUUCGGUCUUGUUGAUAUUUGUCGAAGUCUCUAAUAUUUUAUUUGUUGCAUUUAUCUCAAGCUCACUGUAUCGGAAAGAAAGAUCCUGCACUUUUUAUAUUUUUAAUUAAUGAAAUGUUUCCAUUAUUGAUA